UGGUGUGUUUCCCUCAGCCUCUGAAAGAUGGCGAACAGGAAGUCGUGUUGUGGUGUUUCGUUGCUGGAGGCCAUGCUGGCCGUCCUCUUCAUCGUCAUGACGACAGUGUGUGUGGUGCUGAUCACACUGAUGGUUAGCUGGAAAACACACACAGGUCUGACUCCUCCUCCUCAGAACCACUCGUAUCUGAUCGGCGUGGGUCGAGCCGACUGCACCGGGCCACCAGCAGAGGUCCCUCUGAUGGGCUAUGCAAACCCUCAGCAGUCGGCUGCAGGUAUACACACUCGUCUGUACAGCAGAGCCUUCAUCAUCGACGAUGGGAGAAGAAGAGUCGUGUUCGUUACAGCAGAAGUAGGAAUGAUAUCACAGAGACUACGUCUGGAGGUGUUGUCAGCCCUGCAGGUGAAGUUCGGGGAUGUGUAUCGUCAGGAGAACGUUGUUCUCAGUGGAACUCACACUCACUCUGGACCUGGAGGAUAUUUUCAGUUCACACUCUUCAUGAUCAGCAGUAAAGGUUACAUCCGCUCGUCCAUCCAGCCGCUCGUCAACGGCAUCGUCAAGAGUAUAGACAUAGCCCAUCGUAACAUGAAGCCAGGCAGGAUCUACAGGAACCGAGGAGAACUGGACGACAGCACCCUGAACAGAAGUCCACACUCGUAUAUGAACAACCCCGAGGACGAGAGACACAGGUACAAGUCAAACACAGAUAAACAGGUGAUGGUUCUGAAGUUCACGGAUCUGGACGGAGACGGGAUCGCAGUGCUCAGCUGGUUCUCCGUCCACGCCGUCAGCAUGAACUACACCAACCGCAUGGUGAGCAGCGACAACAUGGGCUACGCCUCCUACCUGCUGGAACAGGACAAGAACCCCGGAGACUUACCUGGUCAGGGCGGGUUCGUCGCUGGUUUCUCCUCCAGUAACCUCGGAGACGUCAGUCCCAACAUCAGAGGACCUCACUGUGUGAACACUGGACUGUCCUGUGACUACCUGAACAGCUCGUGUCCUGUAGGAGGGACGAAGAUGUGUCAGGCGUUUGGACCUGGAAACGACAUGUUCGACAGCACGAGGAUCAUCGGACACAACAUCUACAGGAAGGCCAAGGAGCUGUACGCAAGCGCAGUCGAGGAGGUGACUGGUUUUCUUCACUUUGCUCACGAGUGGGUCAACAUGACGGACGUCACUGUUCAGAUCAACAGUUCCCACACGGUCAGUACAUGUAAACCAGCUCUAGGUCACAGUUUUGCAGCAGGAACAACAGACGGAGGAGGAGACCUGAACUUUACUCAGGGUGCUGUGGAGGGCGACCCGUUCUGGGACGGCAUCAGAGACGCUCUCCUGGGUGAACCGUCCAAUAAGACGCAGGAAUGUCACCAUCCCAAACCGAUUCUGUUCAACACAGGGAGUGUGCAGAUGAACUGGCCUCUGCCGUGGCAUCCUCAGAUUGUCGACGUUCAGAUCAUCACCAUCGGAUCUGUCGCUGUCGUAGCUGUUCCUGGAGAGAUGACCACCAUGGCGGGUCGGAGGCUGAGAGACGCCGUCCAACAGGAGCUGCAGUCCGAGGGGACGUUCGAGGACACGGAGGUGGUGAUCGCCGGCCUCAGCAACGUCUACACUCACUACAUCACCACCUACGAAGAGUACCAGGUGCAGCGAUAUGAAGGAGCCUCCACACUCUACGGUCCACACACGCUCAGUGCCUACGUACACAAGUUCCGAGGGCUGGCCAGAGCCAUCGCACAAGACAAAGUGUCGGAGCUGCCGGUCGGGCCUCAGCCUCCGUUGUUCACCAAGAAUCUCUUCAACCUGCUGCCGCAAGCACCUGCCGAUAAAACCCCAGUGAACAGCAGCUUCGGAGACGUCCUGCAGCAGGUUGACCCCGUCUACAGACAGGGUGAUGUCGUCUCCAUCACGUUCAUAGCAGGAAACCCCCGACACUCCGGAGACAUCAGAGAUAAAACCUUCGUUACCGUGGAGAUCUAUGACAACAGAACAGACAGCUGGGAGGUCGUUCACACUGAUGCAUCAUGGGAGACUAGGUUUCAUUGGCUGAAAGGGUCAAACGGGCGGAGUAACACCACAGUCGAAUGGUUCAUCCCUCCAUCGGCCCCUGGUGGCUGCUACAGGAUUAAACACUUUGGACACUACAAACAGAGGACAGGCCUGCGACCCGUCAUCAAACCGUACGAAGGCACGUCCGCCGUCUUCAGAGUCUCCACCAGCUUCUACUACCAGUGACAUCAUCAGUCCUGAUCAUCGAGGAGCACAAAGAGCACGACUCAGACGCGACUCCAGUAACAACCGUUUCCAUCAGAGACGAAUGAGACACUUAAAUUUAAAGCAUCUUGGGAAUAAACUGUAAAUUAUCAAUAGUUACACUGAUAGUAAAGUUCAAACAUUCUUCAAUAGAAUAAUAAUUUAAUUAACUCCUGUUAUUAGCAAAAAUAUUUAUUGUGAUUUGUAUAGAAAUAUAUCAAGCAAACCAGAGUUCCACAACACAGGGAGGAUUUUAUCAUCACAGCACGAGUCCAUGUUCGACCCCGUGACCUCUACACGGACGUGCACAGUGGAGCCAUCAGGAGACGUUUGACCACUGUCAGAGCUCCUGGUGAAAUCACAUCUCUAUAGAACUAAGGUGAAUGUUCAUGUUAUAUUGAAGUUAGUUCGAGAAAUGGAUCCAACACGAUUUGAAACAGCUUUUGUUUUUUCAGCUCAUUUCACUUUCAUUCUUUAUCCACUGGGGAGUUUGUAAUUGAAUUUCGGUGUUUGAGCCCUUUUCUCCAAACUUCAGUCGAGAUUCUUCACAGGAUUAUUUACCUGCAGCUUUUCUCUGAUAAUGUUAAUGCAAAUAUCUCAAAAUGAUUGGAAUCAAUGUGAAACACAACAAUGAUCUGUAAACAGAAACUGAAUACUAACACAAAAUAAAAAAUAAAUUCUCUUUUAAACAUAAA